CACUGUGUGAACACGUACUUUUCAGAGCCUUGGAUCUUAGACAGACGCAGUUUUCCAUUCUUCUGAGCGACCCCCUCGACCCGUCUGUCUCUAAAAUGGACAUCAGGGACGAAAACAAUUAUAUUUUGGAAACAGUGCAGUCGGAAGAAACGCCUUCCACUCCUGAAGUUGACAUUCUGGGGCAAACAUCCAACCCUCUGCAUCUCCCUCCUUUCCCCACUGGGACACCUGCUCCCCCUCAGCCAGCAUCAGAUCCUCAGACUGGAGGAUUUUUUAGCAACAUCCUCCCAGAACCAGCUCCUCCUGUGUAUCAGCAACUGGUUCCACUCAUGGUCUCAGCACCAGCUCACCUCUACAGUCAGCCAGGGACAGAUAGGCAGGGACAGCUGAGACACCCAGAGUGUAAUGCGCUCAGGAUUCCAGAGACCAUGACCCAGUACGAGCGUCCUUUUGGAGAACUGCACGGUGUCCCCUUCUGGGAUUUUGUCCCUCCUGCUCCCCCAUCCAACCCUCCACUUCGCCCUCCUUUCCCCACUGGAGAUCCCGCACCCCCUCAGUCACCAUUAGAUCCUUGGAUUGGAGGAUUUCUUAGCCACACCCCCCUGGAAACAGCUCCUCCUGUGUCUCAGCAGCUGGUUCCACUCAUGGUCACUAACACCGCCACAGUGCCAGCUCACCUCUACAGUCAGCCAGGGACAGAUAGGCAGGGACUGCUGAGACACCCAGAGGGUAAUGUGCCCGGGAUUCCACAGACCAUGACCCAGUAUGUGCGUCCUGCUGGAGAACUGCACGGUGUCCCCUUCUGGGAUUUUGUCCCUCCUGCUCCCCCAUCCAACACCUCCACUACAAAAAAAAGGAAAUAUGAAGCCAAACAGGAUGAGGACCAGCUGUACAUAAAGAAACCACCAAACGCCUUCAUGAUUUACCUGAAGGAGCAGAGGCCAAAGGUGAUGGCGGAACUGAACCUAACUGGCAGUGCAGCCAUAAAUGCAGUUGUGGGAAAGAGGUGGAGGUCUCUCUCAAAAGCCCAACAAGCAAAAUAUUUUGAUCAGGCUGAAACCGAGAGAUGCCGUCACGCCACAGAGCAUCCAGACUGGUCCACCAAAGAAAACUAUGUAUGUCCAAAGUGCCAACAUGCAGUUCAUACAUGUGCCCAUCACUGCACUGAAUUAUGA